AAUUCCGAUCAUCACUGCCCUCAUCUCGCAAUAGCCUCCUUCCACAUCUCUCCCCCUCCGCUUUUCUAUCCCCUCCUCCCACUCUCCCUUCUUCUACAAAAAAAUAAUAAUUCCCCCAUCUCAUUUAUCACAAAAAUCAUGUCCUCCCCACGCGAAGAGAACGUCUACAAUGCCAAACUCGCAGAACAGGCCGAACGAUACGAAGAGAUGGUGGAGUACAUGGAGAAGGUCUCCAACUCGUUGGCUGAAUCGGAGGAGCUCAGCGUCGAGGAACGCAACCUCCUCUCUGUGGCCUACAAGAACGUGAUUGGCGCUCGUCGUGCCUCGUGGAGGAUCAUUUCGUCGAUUGAGCAGAAGGAGGAGAGCCGGGGGAAUGAGGAUCAUGUUUCGGUGAUCAAGGAGUAUAGGUCGAAGAUUGAGAAGGAGCUUUCGAAUAUAUGUGAUGGGAUUCUCAAGCUGCUGGAUGCGACACUCGUGCCUUCGGCUUCGUCGGGGGAUUCGAAGGUGUUUUAUUUGAAGAUGAAGGGGGAUUAUCAUCGGUAUCUUGCGGAGUUUAGGACUGGAGGUGAUCGGAAAGAUGCUGCUGAGAGCACUCUCAAUGCCUACAAAGCCGCUCAGGAUAUUGCAACUGCAGAACUAGCUCCAACACAUCCAAUUCGACUUGGCUUGGCUCUUAACUUCUCCGUGUUUUACUAUGAGAUUCUUAACUCACCAGACAGAGCUUGCAGUCUUGCUAAACAGGCUUUUGAUGAAGCGAUCGCGGAACUAGACACCUUGGGUGAAGAAUCCUACAAAGACAGUACAUUGAUUAUGCAACUUCUCCGCGACAACCUCACUCUCUGGACAUCUGAUAUGCAGGAUGAUGGUCCAGAUGAGAUCAAGGAAGCCUCCUCGAAGCAGGAAGAAAAGAAAGAAGAUGAACAGCAGCAGUGAGGAUAGCUAGCCAUCCUCAAAUUAAAGCUCUUCUCCUUCUAUCAGAAGAAGAGUACUAUUUUCAUAUUUUUUGUGCCCCCUUUGAAUUGUUUUAGUUAUUAACUUAAGUACCAUAUGUUGAUGCGCCACACUUGUUUUACCAUCCAGAUGUAACUCGGGUGGCUUAUUAGAUACCUUAGAUUAAUUCGUUAUAAGCUAAUCAUAUCCCUGAAAUUUUAUACGUU